AUGUUAUUUGCAAGGGGAUUGACCCGGGUAGCGAGGUCGGGCUACAGCCGAAGUCGAUGGAUCUUGUGUUACAAUGGACACCAAUUGCUACGCCACACCAAUCACUUUCCUGCCCCCAUUCACUCUUCUGAACAGGUUUUGGGUUGCAGAGUUAUUUAUUCCUGGGUUUCAAGUGCCCUUAGUGGUAUUGGGAAACAAGCUCAUCGUCAGAGCAGCUCUGUAGAGGAGCAACUAGAUCCAUUUUCUCUUGUUGCCGAUGAGUUAUCGAUUCUUGCAAAUAGGUUAAGGUCCAUGGUAGUUGCGGAGGUUCCAAAACUUGCCUCUGCUGCUGAGUACUUCUUUAAAAUGGGAGUGGAAGGAAAAAGAUUUCGGCCCACGGUUUUGUUAUUAAUGGCAACAGCUUUAAAUUUACCAAUGUCCAGACUACCUCCUGAUGCUACUGUUCAUACUUCGUCAGUGGAAUUACGCACAAGACAACAAUGUGUAGCUGAGAUAACAGAGAUGAUCCAUGUUGCCAGCCUCCUUCAUGAUGACGUGUUGGAUGAUGCUGAUACGAGGCGUGGGAUUGGUUCGUUGAACUUCGUGAUGGGAAAUAAGUUAGCUGUAUUGGCCGGUGAUUUCCUGCUUUCUAGAGCUUGUGUUGCACUUGCCUCAUUAAAGAACACCGAGGUUGUAUCCCUCUUGGCAACAGUUGUUGAGCAUCUUGUUACAGGCGAGACAAUGCAAAUGUCCACUACAUCUGAUCAACGUUGCAGCAUGGAAUACUACAUGCAGAAGACAUACUACAAGACUGCAUCAUUGAUUUCAAAUAGCUGCAAAGCAAUUGCCCUUCUUGCUGGGCAAACAACAGAAGUUUCAAUAAUGGCCUUUGAGUAUGGAAAAAAUUUGGGGUUGGCAUAUCAACUAAUAGAUGACGUUCUUGACUUCACUGGCACAUCAACUUCCCUUGGAAAGGGCUCCUUGUCUGACAUUCGCCACGGGAUUAUUACUGCUCCAAUAUUGUUUGCUAUGGAGGAGUUUCCUGAGCUGAGAGCUGUUGUCGAUCAAGGAUUUGACAAUCCUGUAAACGUGGAUCUUGCUCUGGAAUACCUUGGAAGAAGUCGCGGAAUACAGAGAACAAGGGACCUAGCAAGAAAGCAUGCUAAUCUUGCUUCUGCUGCAAUUGAUUCCCUACCUCGAAAUGAUGACAAGGAUGUUCAAAGAUCAAGGCGGGCACUUGUAGAAUUAACGCAAAGAGUUAUCACUAGAACAAAGUGA